CACCACUGUUAACGAAGGAUUAUAGGGGAAACACUGAACCAGCACCAACUCUUGUCCCCAUCAAUCUAGUCCCCAGACGGCCCCGCCUGGGCGCACCGCCUCGCGCACAGCAAAUAUUCAGAGCUACAGAGUCAGCACGGGGAGAAUGUCGAGGAGGGGGAAGCGGGCAUUGGGAAAGAGUGGGGAGCUACCGUGGAGCCGGCUGGGGCCCAGAUGACCUCAGGUGGUGUUGGCGUAGACGCUAAAAAGUCCCGAGCUCACGGGCUCCAGGAUUUCCCACCUGCCAUUGGCACGGAGGAUGCGGACCGGCACGAGGGGCUGGAAGACCAGGAGCGGGAGCCAAUGGGAGGGCUGUCCGAGGAGUCCCAGAGCGCUAGGGCGGCAGUGUCUCCUCCCAUGACCCCCCAGCAGCCCUACGUCCAGUACCAGCACUCCUCCUUUUCUCCCUACCUGGCCAUGUGCGAGGGCAGCGGGGGCUCCUACAGGGGAGUGUCCCCAACCCUGGUCCACAAUUACCCAGGGUUCCACUACCCUCUGUACGGAAAGACGGCGGGCCGGGAGGAGUCGGAGGUGAUUCCGCCCAGCAGGGGAGAAACGGCGAGCGGGAAGCUGAUCGGAGAGUCAUCUUCAUCGUCCUCCUCCUCCUCCUCCGUGGAGCUGCUGCAGCAGCCGAGCCGUCACUUCCACGGAAAAUCCCCCGCGCCUGGCGAUAAGGGAUCGCCCGAUGGAGAACGAGACGUGGAACGGGAGAGGAACCACGUGUCGUUUGCUCGACACCUCCACACGCACCAUCACACACACCUGGGUAUGAGCUACAACCUGAUGUCCGGACAGUUCGAUAUCUACCAAGGUCGCCACUUUCCAAAGACGCCGCGCCUCAGUCUGGUGGUUCAGGCGAGCUUCGACGGCGAACAUCUGGAAACGGAUCCGGUGGAGCACAGAGAGCAGCCCCAGUUCUGCACCGAGCUGGCCUGGGAGCUGGACCGUAAGACGCUGCACCAGCACAGGCUGCAGCGGACUCCCAUCAAGCUCCAGUGCUUCGCUCUGGACCCCAGCAGCAAGAAGAAGGAGAACGUCGGCUACGUCGUCCUGGACCUGCGCUCCGUUACCGAGGUCAGACAGGAGCCUCGCUGGCACCAGCUGCUCAGCAGUAAGUACACCAAGCAGAAACCAGCGCUCCUCGUCUCCGUGAUCCUGGAGAACGACUCCAAGGCCGAAGAACCGUCUCCGGCGGAGACGUUCAAAGCCAAGAAGGCGCCGCCUCGACAAGGUUCCGCCUCGGUAAGCGGGCUGCUCCCUGAGACGCUGGAGGCCCGGCUGAUCCCGGACCAGGGGUACCAUCAAGUGGGUCCUGCAGAGCGCUGCAACGACAUGUUCGUCCUCUCCGUCACCGUGGCCUUCGCUACCAAACUGGAACAGUUGAUUCCCAGCACGAAGAAACUGACAGCAGACGACUCCGGGUUCUUCUUCUACUACUCCCUGCUGGGGAACGACAUCACCAGCGAGCCUUUCCACAACCUCCUGAGUCCUGACUUUGAGCCGGAGCGCGCCUCCGUGCGCCUCCGCAGCAGCAGCCAGGUCCUGCGGUCCUUCCUGUCGCAGCAGCCCGGCCUACAGAUCCAUCUGUGCUGUGGGAAUCAUUCCCUGGGCAGCACCGACGUCUCCCUCGCCGCCCUGGCUGCUGCUUCUGUCGACCUGGAGAACACGGCGGCGACGGUGGAGGGAGCGUUCGUCCUGCAGCCUCCGAAACGCAACAAGCUGCCGCCUCUUCCUGCGGAGCUGCAGCCGACGGUCGGAGUGGCCGUCACCCUGAGGAGGGAGGAGCUAGUGCCUCAGGCGUCUUUGGGGAACAAAGAUCCCAUCAGAGGUCCGUUUCUCCCUGCUGCUCCUCCUGCUGCUCCUCCUGAGCAGAGAGCACCAAGUCCAUCUCCAGUCCGGAAACCUGAUUCUCCUCCUCUUCCUCCUCCUUCCUCUCGCACUGAGAGCGAAGCAGAGAGUCUCCUGGAGGAGCUCGAUCUCCACAGGAAGCAGACAGCAGAUGUUGAGCUUCCUGCACCGCCGCCCGCUCAGCCUGAAGCUGCAGCAGGACCGUCGUCCGUCAGCGUCUCCGCUCCCAAAGUGUCCAUCCCCUCCUCCGCCCACCACUACUGCUUCUCCCUGGACCUGCGCAGCCUGGCCAAGCUCGCCCUGCCUCACCCCAUCGCUGCCACGCUCAGGUACUCGUACCAGUUCUUUGGAAGCUCCGCUCCCAUCAUCACCAACCCCCCCGUGGAGCUGCAGAGGAACAUGGAGGCGUCGCUGCCUCAGUCCUACUGCGCCUUUGACUUCGCCGCGCUGCCUCACCAGCUGCAGGACACCUUCCUCAGGGUUCCUCUGGUGGUGGAGCUGUGGGACCGAGGCUCCAGCAGCAGAGACCAGCUGGUGGGACUGGCCUCCAUCCAGCUGCAUCGCCUGCUCGGCCCGGAGAAGACGGCGUGGACGGGGGAGCCCCGCUGGAGGCAGACCCACCAGGACCGAGUCCCUGUGGUCCACCCUCAGCGCCCCACAGAGCGAGUGGCUGAGCUGAGCUACGCGGCGACGCUGGAGGACCUCGGCUUCGUCAAAGCCAAAGAGGUCCUGGUGUCGGACUCCUCACAGAAUGAAGGUCCGGCCGUCCCUCAGCCGCCGUCUCACCCAGCGGCACCUGAACACCCGUCGGCCCCCCAGGGGCCCGCCGCCCCCACGGCCCCCAGAGACACCAGAGACACCCUGGAGUAUCGAGCGGCCCUGGAGCUGGAGAUGUGGAAGGAGGAGCAGGAGGACCUGUUUGAUGAUCAGCUGAAGCAGAAGGAGCUGAGGCACAUGCAGGCGCUGGCCGAGGAGUGGAGGAAGCGAGACAGAGAGAGGGAGGCUCUGGUCCAGAAGAAGGAGCUGGAGUUCAACCUGCUGGAGGAGAAGCUUCAGAAAACGCUGUCAGACCUGGAGAAGAGGGAGAAGCAGCUGGCUGAAGCUGAACUGCAGACCCAGCGGCUGCAGAGGGAGCUGAGAGCUGAGCACGACCUCACCCAGAAAGAGCUGCAGGAGGCCAGCAGGCGGCUGCAGAGGGAGUGCGACCACCGGGUGGCGCUGGAGAGGGACAAAGCCCGGCUGAUGGAGGAAGAGCGAGGCCGUUUGCAGCAGCAGAUCGCAGACGGAGAGUCUCGCUACAAGCAGCUGGAGAAGGAGUUCCAGCUCUACAGAGAACAGCAGAACGUCCGGCCCGAGUUCAGGCUGCAGUCUGAGAUCAACCUGCUGACGCUGGAGAAGGUGGAACUGGAGAGGAAGCUGGAGUCCGCCACCAAGUCCAAGCUCCACUACAAGCAGCAGUGGGGGCGCGCCCUGAAGGAGCUCGCUCGCUUCAAACAGAGGGAGCAGGAGAACGCCAUGGCCCGUCUGAAGAAGCAGCAGGCGGAGCUGGAGGCCAUGAGGCUGCGUUACCUAGCAACAGAGGAGAAGGAGGCGGUGCGGCAGGACCGGCAGGAGCUGGAUGACAUCAGGAACGAACUGAACAGGUUAAAAAAGCAGGAAGAAGAGAGGUUAGGCCCCGCCCCCGCAGACCCAGGCUCCGCCCCCAGCCUGAACCUGAACGAGAGCGCCGAGGAACACCUGAGCCGCCUCCUGGAGGAGAGAGACACCCUGCUGAGGACCGGCGUCUACACGCACGAAGACCGCAUCAUUGCUGAGCUCAACAGACAGAUACAGGAAGCCAUGAGGGACAGGAAGCUCUGACAGCCGCUGCACUGGCCAAUCAGAGGACGGCUCAUCGCCUGAGGCCACCGGCAAGUCCGAUCAGCCGCAGAUCCACUCCGUUAAGAGAUAAAACUUUUUAGUUUCUGGUCGGAUCGGCAGCAUCUGCAGGUAAAAUGAGGAGAAUUUACCAGGAAGACGUUCCUCAGCUGAGAUCUGCUGGACGUUCUGUUAAUAAGUCGCCUCGUUUCUCACCUUCUAAGCAGCGAGAAGGAACCAAAGCUGGAAACCUUCAACUGGACCCGACUCAGUUUCUUUGGGUAAAGAAACUUUGACUUUCAGGGAAAUAAAGCUCGGCUAAUUUCCUGACUGUUUAGAGCAGCAGGAAUAAAUCUGUAUGUCUGGGAGAAUUUGGUUAAAGAUAUAUUUAUGUGUUUUUGUCGACGCCGUUCGUCCUGCUGAUGCAACGCUGGACGGUUCCGGAUCCAGAACGUCUACCUUUCAUGUCUUAGUGACUAAAGUUUUCCUUUAGUCAUUAAGUUAUUGCAUCUGUUACACAGAUCUCUUAAAAUCACUUUCCUGGUGCUGUAGACCUUCAGAUUAAAACUAGUUCUGUAAGUUUUUCUAUAA